UAUUAUAACAAUUGAUUGCAACAAAAAUCAAAUAUUUAAUUUACAAUUGAUUGACGAAAAACCGAAGUCAAGAUUACUUGGAAGACAAUGACAGCGACGACCACAACAACAGCAACAGUAAUGACAACACCGAAGAAUGACUCGUUUUAUCGUUUCGGCGAUGAUUUGUCUCAACUAUUGCUUCAAUAUUUGCCGAUAGAUAUCAGCUUAAGAUUGCAAUCGGUGUCCAAACAGUUUAGGCAAACGUUUUCAUUGAUAUUCACUGCAACAUCGGAUCUGGUAUUUGAUAAGAAACUUCUGAAGAGAUUGUCUAUGAAUUCAUUGCACGAUAACAGCUGUGAUGACUAUCCGAGUGUCGACUCAUUGAAAGUGUUUGAAUUGUUGUUGAAAAAGUGUCCAAACAUUGCAUCAAUAACUAUAAGUGAUAUGUAUUUACAUGAUUUAUACUUUGAAUUAUUAAUGAAAUACAGUCACCGAUUGAGACACAUAUAUCUUAAGUCUUGCAAUGAUUAUCAACAGUCAAGUAAUGGUAAACAAUUUAACCGAUUUUCUAAACACUUCGGCCAACAGUUGCUGACAUUCAAGUUUGACAGUUAUGACAGAUAUAUCUAUAUUGAAGAAAUCAAUAAAGCAAUCGCUUGUAUGACUAACUUGAAGACACUGGACAUUACUAAUAGAUACGAUCUUAAUGUCCAAUUGUCUGAUAUAUUCACUGACGACGACAAUAAGUCAUAUGUUUUACCGAAAUCAUUGCAAUCAAUAACAAUAAGAUUGAAUAGCAGUUCAAUGCUAUUGUUUCCUAAGUUUGCCGACAUUUAUGGCCAACAAUUGAAAUCAUUGAACAUAUUAUUUGAAUGCUGUUACGACAAAGAUAAUGAUCGCAAAUCAAAUUGUCGCCGACUUAAUGUAUUUGAUUUUGUUUUCAUGUCAAGUAAAUCAACGAUUAAUCGGGUGUUUGCCGUAAUCAACAAACAUAUGUCUCGCAAACAAUUGAGGCGAUUAUCUGUUGAAUGUUUUCUAGUUUUUGGCGAAGAUUUAGAUCCAGAUUUAGUACUACUGACCAGCGAUUCAUUUAACAGAUUAAACAGAUUAACACAUUUGACACUUAAAUUACGUGACUGUCGUAUAAUUGGUGAUCAGUUUUUCCGUGACAUUCACCGCAAUCUUCCGCGUCUACAGUCUAUACAUUGCAACAGUUGUUCGUCCAUUACUGAUGAGUCGAUCCAAGCUAUGGGACAGUUGGCACACCUCAGGGAUGUCUGUUUAAGCAGCGAUUAUAUCAAACAGACAAUAACUGAUGAAUUUAUUUCAAGACAUUUACUUAGUAGUACUAAAGUUAAACAUUUUGAUAGUAAUAGUGAUACUGAUAGUGAUAGUUAUACUGGUAGUGAUAGUAGUGAACAAAAUGAUUGA